CGUCAUGUAACUCCUAAAAAAUCAAUAUGGCGGAGCAAGGGGGUAAUUUUAUACAAGGAGAAGCUUCAGAGUCGGACGAAGAGUAUGAAAUAGAUCAAUCUUUUUUCACAAAAAAUGCCAUGGUCACAAAGAAAGAGGUAAGAAGUCCACGGCAGAGCGUUGUUGUCGAGGGUGAAGCGUCAGAGAGCGAUGAAAGUGACGAUGGAAACGUACAAAGUGACGGUAAAGAUAUACUAGACGAAAGAUUUGAUAAUAUUCAAAGUGAAACGACUUCUCGUGAACAUACAAAACGAAAAUUAAAGUUUCAUUAUGAUUCCUCCUUUCACCGAAAAUUAAGAGUGAGUAAUCUCGAACUUCGAUCAGAUGUCAUAGAAUGUCGAACAAGAAUGUAUGACGACGCCAACAGCAAAAUGAAAUCAGCUGUUUUCUAUUUGAAUAGAUCUCAAGUUUCUACUCAGGAAAUUUUAUCAAAUGUUGGAUUGAUAUCAGGUGAUCUUCAAUCGCUGACCGAUUGCCUUGAGAAAGCUCUAGCCACAGAUUUCUUGCCAAAUCUUAAAAUUGAACCUUUAAACGCUAAAGGCGUUGAGUCAAAGCUAAAGUAAACAAUGCAUUUGGGGAUAGGAAAUUUUGUAAUUAGCUCUUAACUUUCUAGAUAUGCCAUCGUCCAUUAUGAAAAUCUGUGACAAAUUAAAAACACCGUUUUGUGGUCGCCA